AUGCCGCCGAUACGUCCUCCCUUCUCAUCCCUUCCUCUCGACCCCAAUGGCCCCCACGGUAAUGCCUGGGGCCUCUGGGGCACCUCCGACCAACUCGGCAUGCUCAACCUCCUCACCCCGUCCAACACCACCUCGGCCGCAGAAGAAAUCGUCCACGGCACACGCAUCUCUGUCGACUGGCCGCUGAACAAAAUGUCUCCACCGUGUUUCAACCGCGUCGCUUUUGGCCACAACAUCAUCAACAAAGCUCCCCGGAGUGUCAACGACGAUACCGUGACCUUCAACACACAAAGCAGUUCGCAGUGGGACGGGUUCAGACAUUAUGGUUACCAGAAAGAGAAGAGAUACUACAACGACUGCACCAAUGAGGAUGUGCUUGGGUCGGAGAAGAAUGGCAUUCAUGUGUGGGUUGAGAAUGGGGGUGUGGUGGGCAGAGGCGUGUUGCUUGACUACAAGGCUUGGGCGGAGGAAAAGGGGAUUUGGAGUGUGGACGCUUGUUUCCAGACUACACCCAUCACGGUCGAUGUCUUGGAAGAGGUUGCACAAACCCAGGGUGUGCAGUUCAAGGAGNGGGAUAUUUUGUUCAUCCGGACUGGCUGGACAAACGCCUAUGAAGAGCUGUCGAAGGAAGCUCGAACAAAGCUGUCGGAAACAUAUCCGCCUCCUGCCAUUGGCGUCGAGUCAUCAGAAAAGACAGUCCGCUGGAUGUGGGAGAAAGGAUUUGCCGCUGUCGCAGGAGAUCAACCAAGUUUUGAGGCCUGGCCGUGCCAGAAUACAGAGUACCUCUUGCACGAAUGGUUGCUUGCUGGUUGGGGCCUGCCCAUCGGUGAGAUCUUCGACUUGGACAGACUGGCGAAAGAGUGCAAGGACAAGAACAAGUGGUCUUUCUUCUUCAGCAGUAUGCCCAUUCACGUCCCUGGAGGUGUCGCCAGUCCGCCAAAUGGUGUUGCUAUCUUGUAG